AUGCCCAUGUUCCCAGCCCCCCGCCGCGUGGUCACCGGCCACGACGACCAAGGAAACGCGAUUUACGUCGAUGACAAGCAAAUAGAACCGCAGCCGACCGGCUUCGACUGCGAUUUCGCUGUUUUGUACGAAACCCACCAGUUUCCGGCGUCCAACGAUGGGUGGGAAGAUCCGAUUGAGCAGCCGACAAAAUCGCUGGCGAAUGACAAGGGGGUGGUUAUUCGGAUAGUUGAUUUUAAGCCGAAUACCAAGACUCGUUUCCAUAGGACCAUGUCUCUUGAUUUCGGUAUCAUAUUCGAGGGCGAGAUGGUCUGCUACCUCGACAAUGGAGUUGAACUAACUCUGAAAAGAGGCGACGUCUGCGUCCAGCGAGGAACAAUCCACGGAUGGGAGAACAAGUCGGACAAACCUGCUCGGGUUUACUUUGUCCUGACUGCUGCCAAUCCGGUUAAUGUGAAUGGCAAGCUGCUCACAACGGCGGGGUUCAACGACAAGGAGGCUGAGACUGGAGGAAAGUGA